AUGACCGGCUCGACGGCCAAAAUUACAAUCACUGCAACCCAUGUGGUCCACAGUCAACACCGAAUUACUCUCCAAGAUCCGUUCGUGCUGGGGCCUUUUGAUCAACUCGGCCAUUUCGCCACACCCGUCAAUGCUGUCUGGAUCUAUGAAUCCUCGUCCUCCGUCAGCCUGAUUCCGCUUGAGAGAUUACACAAGGCCAUCAGUAGGCUCCUAGACUAUUACCCCCAGUUGACGGGCCGGCUGCAUAUUGACACCGAGACUGAUGUUCGCUCCAUGACCAGACUAGGUUCUGGUAUACAUCUGCUUGAAGCCACGUGCGAUGCUCCCCUUCGAUCCUUUGCCGGCAGAUCGUCGUCGUCAGACCGGGAAUCAAGCGUGUUCAAUUUCCCAGGAAUUGGAAACGGGCUGCUUGCGCCAUGGGACAUCUCUCUCGAAGGAGCACAGAGGGACCCUGUCUUUACAAUCCAAUGA